AUGUCUCGCAACCGCCCUCGACCCCGAGAUAAUGGACUCGGUAACAACGAGGAGAUGGAGCUCUGGACCCGCAUUUGCCAGGACAUCCGCAAGUCCAAGGAGAAGUUUGACCAGCAAGCCUCGCUGUCAGUGCAGAUUAAGACUUUGGUAGACAAAAUAACUCGGGAUGGUAACCGACCCACGAUGGCCGAACAUGAUCAGCUCGAUACAUGGCUUCGACAAAGUCAGAAGCUAAGCGAAGAAGAACGGUCUAUAAUGCAGGACGAGCCAUGUGACGUGAUCAAGAACCUGGAACUUCUCACUGCGCUCCGGAAGGCGUCCGAAGCAGAAGCUCCGUCCAAUCGUUCAUCUGCACUUUCCAAAUCUCGAAAGAAAAGAACAGAAAUGGAGGGCUCAGCCGCGGACUCCCCAAGUGCCUCGGGAGUAGACAAGGCGAGUCGCUCCAAAGGAGGCGUACCUCGUAGCACAAGUGUCUCAAGCACACAAGCACGCGAAGGCCGAGGAGAUGGAAUUGCAGUGAAAAUUGAGGAGGGGAUGGAGGGUACUAAGGGGACUGUCGCUGAACGCAGCGGCCUUCUUGUGGUGGGUGCGCAGGUGGUAUUCAAGCACAACAAGAACAAGCAGGGUGUGGAAGGCGAAGGCAUCCAGUGCAUCAUCAAAAAUAUCUCUGGAGACGGCCACAAGAAAAGGUAUCUUCUGAUGCUUGGUAUUUGCCUCCAUGCAGGAACUAACAAGAAGACUAGAUGGUAUGAUGUUCAGGACCCAGAGCCUAAUGAAAAUGGCGAACAAGGUGCGGUCUAUAAAACCACUGCUGCAUCUCUAAUCCCCAUCCCCCAGCUCAACAGCUCAUUGCCUUCAUUUGCUGUUGGGAAGCAGGUCCUCGCAAGGUAUCCCGACACCACCACUUUCUACCGUGCCGAGGUCAUGGGAUCCAAGAAAGAUGCCUACCGCCUGAAGUUUGAGGGUGAAGAGGAUGACAAGGAAAUGGAGGUUGACCGGCGCUUUGUCCUGGAUAUUCCAAACAAAUAG